GGCAUUCACGGAAAUGGCUUUCUUGAGAGCACAUAAACUCAUUCACACUGGGGAAAGACCUCACAAAUGUGAAACAUGCAAUAAGACAUUUGCUCGAGUGAAUACUUUGAAUAGACAUGUGCUUAUUCACACUGGAGAACGGCCUCACAAAUGUGAAAUAUGCGAUAAGACAUUCACACAAAUGGCCAGUUUGAGAGCACAUAAACUCAUUCACAGUGGGGUUUGUCCUCACAAAUGUGAAACAUGCAAUAAGACAUUUGUUCGAGUGAAUAGUUUGAAUAGACAUGUGCUUAUUCACACUGGAGAAAGGCCUCACAAAUGUGAAAUAUGCUCUAAGACAUUCAGAACAAUAGCUGCCUUGAGAGCACAUAAACUCAUUCACAGUGGGGUUUGUCCUCACAAAUGUGAAAUAUGCUCUAAGACAUUCACACGAGCGAGUAGUUUGAAAACUCAUAUGCGCGUUCACAGUGGUGUAUGGCCCCAUAAGUGUACAGUAUGUGAUAAAACGUUUCCACGACUAAGCACCCUGAAAAAGCACAUCGUUACACACAACAAGAGGUAG